GUGGUUUUGUUUGAUAGCAUGGCAGUUGAGCAGGACCUAGAAGCUUUUGGAGUGAAAAAGGAUGGGAUGCUGUGCACUACAGCUGCCUGUUUCUUUCAGCAGAUGUGAAAGCUGGUAACUGGGUGAGAGUCUUUCUUUCCCCCUUUCUUGUGCCAGGCGAAGGCAACUUUGCUUCUCAUGGCCAUCAAUGGUUCAACAGGACAAGCUAGGUCCUUACAUUUCAAUAUUACUAUCCUCUUGAUGGCAAAUUGAUGACUUUGAUCAGUAGCUAGUUUCUUUUUUUACUUUUCUUAAGGCUAUAUUUUGAACUGAGCAUGGGCUGAAGGACAAGGGACAUCCACUCCAUUCAUUCCCAAGAGCUGUGCAAAUAGCCACAGAGUUAAUGUCUGGAGGUCUCCCCCUUUUGUUGGAAACACAGAGUUUGUGGCAGAGAAGUUUGUUUCUCGUUCUGUGCUGUUUCCCUGUGUGGUUGACUAAAGGCAAAAGUACCCAAGGCUCUGGGUGACACACAAGAAUGGCCACAUGCACAAUAGUUGAUUUCACCCUUGCAGAAAGGGUGGUCACCACAGAGCAGUUGGAAAUGGAUGACCAUUCUGCCACUAUUGCAGCUGCCGCUCACCACAGAAGGUUUCUGUUCGAGCUCAAGAUGGAUGAUAUUAUGGUGAACCUGAAGACCUUUCAGCCCGACUAUGGAGCAGGGAUACAUGAGCCCCUGAUGAGCCUAAGAUGCCGUGCCAAAGGACUGACAGUGACUGCCUGUGCCCACGCAUUCUUCUUCUGCAGACUGCUCCAAGCCACCAGGUAAAAUAAGGAACAAAAAUUGUUUCUGUAAGAUUUCCUGCUGUGGAUGAAAGCUGCAUUAUAUUAACGGAACACCACUUUCUUCCCCUUUUCUCAGUCUGUGGUCUACAUGGGCAAAGCAUAAAGGGACCUCACACACUUUUAUCUUAAGAUUUCAUUCUGACUUGUGCAGCUUUCCUCCUCCUGUUCUGUUUCAAUAGAGUUUGAGUUUAUUGAUCUGUCCAUGAUGCAAGACAUUGUUUUUAAUAGAUAUUAAAGAGGGAUGAAAAUCACAUAGAAUUGCAGAGUUGCUUUUUAUUUUUGCUAUUGGGUGCUGGAUGUUGCUUGUGUAAUCUCAUUGCAUUUAUAGUAUUGACAUUUUUCAUAUGCUAUUAUAUUUGCUGUUGUGUUGUUUUGCUAUGUUAUUAUGAAAUUGUUUGUGAGAUGCCUUCCUGUUUUCUUGUUGCAGGCUGCUUUUAGCAUUUUUGUGCAUGUAAAAGCAGCAUACAAAUAAAACGAAUGAAUGACACUGCCAUUUAUGUUCUUCCUCAGGCAGAAAAGAGAGGGGGACAGCCAAGGCCUGAAGCUUGGGAUUAUUGGUGGAGGCCAUAUUGGGAAACAGCUGGCCAGGACAAUGUUGCAUCUGGGUGGCAUGUCAGGAAAGAGCAUCCAAAUAUCUACAAGGCGUCCAGAAACUCUGGGUAAGACUCAGGUGCUUGACAGGCAUUCAGCAAUCAAUUUAGUAAUUGCAAAAUUCAGGUGUACUCCUGCCUAGAGCUCCAGGUGGAGAUCUAGGUGGAGGUCUUUAUUCCAAAUGAAUGGUAAACACACAGGAAAUAACUAGAUAGAGGGAAGCUUAGAACAAUUAAAUACUUUCCAAUAAUCCUGAAGAUAAAGAGAAGGAAUAUUAAAAGUCUUUUUAUAGUUUUUGAAAGGUGGCCAGUUCCUCAGCUAUUUUCAAAUUAUAGACUUUAAAUCAGUGUUUUUGAAAUAGUGCCAGGUGAUUAUGUUUUUGCAUUUGUUUAUGGGACAGAGGCUUCAGUCCUCCAUAGCCCAGAAGACCUGUGGUGUAUGACAGCCAUCUGUGGUCAUUAUGCAAAUUUCUCAAAGUGUUAUCAGACGAGAGGACUUGGCUAUAAUGAAGUCAUCUGCCAUCACUGUUGUGGCCCAUUUUCUUUCAUGUUAAUGUAUUCAAAAAGAAAUUACAGACAUUAACUCCAUCCCAAUGCCCUCUACAUUAAGACAGAUGGAAAACAUCCUCAUAAGUACACUAUGUGCUAUAAGGGCAUACCUAGAGAUGUUCUUAGUGGCUUCUCUGUAACUAUGCUAUACACCUCCCCAGGAAGCAGAGGCUGCACAUCAUCUGGAAGUGAUGGUGGAAGAAGCUUUAUACUGAAACUGGCUUUUAAUGGUAGAGAAAGGUAGGAUACAAUAAUCAGCAUUCUGUUUGGUACCCACCUCAGAUUAUUGGAACGGUGUAUGCUAUACAAACCAAGUGAGCUGUCUCUGUGUGUAGGAUCACACAACCUUGCAGUGCAGUCCUGAGCAGGUUUACUCAGAAACAAAUCCCUCUGUGCUUGGGUGAGAGCACCACUGUGCUCUUAGCUGAAAGUGCAUGGGGUUGCAACCUCAGGUAUUAAAUAGGUGGUCAUUCUUAUGUGGAAACAAGAGGUAAUUCUUCCUCUCCAUUGUCUUUUCCAGGAGAAUUUGAGGCACUGGGAGUUACCUGCUUUUAUGACAACAGGAAGCUGGUGGGCUGGGCAGAUGCUGUAUUUCUCUGCUGUCUUCCGUCUCACCUCCCACACAUUUGUGCAGAAAUCCAGGAUGCUCUUACAAAAUGUUGCAUUGUCUACAGCCUGGUCACAGCUAUCCCUCUGCCCAGGUAUUGUGCAUUACGACAUCAGAGCUAGCUUAAUUUGAAGAUAUCAGCCAACAGUGUGACACAACUUAAAAGCAACAAGUAACUAUUUCCUCUGAGUUAAGCAAUUGCUGGUGUCAAAGUUGAGAUGAACCUUAUCUAUUCAAGGUGACCCUUCCUAGUACUAUCUGCUUUACUUGGGAACUAGAUCUAAGGAUUUUGCUCAUAUUAUAUUUUAGAAUUCUGAGACUAGCAGUGCAAAUCUAUGCCUGUUUACUCAGAAGCAAGUCCCAUUCAGUUCUCAAGGAAACUCUCCCAACUAACCAUUCAUCAAAUUAUAGCCUGGGACCGCAAUCCUAUGCACAUUUUCCCCAAGACUGCACAACUGGUAUUAGAAUUAGGUGUGUGACAGUGUUUAGUCUGUGCCAUUAGAAGCAAAACAUGUACACUCUGGGUUAUAAAGAAAGCCAUGUUUGAAGUUUUUCCAAUGUAACUUAAGCAGGGCACACACCAGACCUUCAGAAAGAUGUGUUUAGUUUCUUAACUGCUUAUACUAUGACACACACUUGCUCUCUCACCGCAACCAAGGUACAAGUUUGAACCCUAAAACCUCACAUUGCUCAGAGAAAACCUCACAUUACAGAAUGACCAUUCUGGCCUGUAUUCUGAGUUUUCUUAAGGAUGUCAGGAAUGGUGAUAGCAAACAUAUCAUUUUCAUAGUACCAGGCUCCACCCAUAUCUUCCACCGAAUAUUUAAUCAGUGUGUUGUUUUAAUGGGAUUGCUUUAUUGUAUAUUUUAAUGGGAUUUUUAUUGUGAAUUUUAAUCAUUUAUAUUUUAAUGCUUGUGCAACUGAUUUUUAGACUUGUAAACCACUUAGAACCCUGGUUUGGCAUUAAGGGGUAUAUAAAUGAAUAACUACAGCAGCAACAACAUGUAGAAACUGGGGGCAGUGAGUACAAUCCAGUCCAGUGAGCCCACACACAUUCAAUGAAUGCAUUUAGAAGGCAUGUAAUAGGGGACUCAGCUACAUUCAGGCAAUAAUAUCGUUAAACAUACGACACCAGAUGGUGCUGUAGUGUCUGAGCCUUUGUCAAUGUGAUUUUCCAUAAUGAGCCUUAGAACACGUUUUAUCAUUCUUCUUCUGCCUGCUUGCCUCUCAGACCAAAGUCCAUCUGAUUAACUCUGCUCUUAUUUGCUUUUAGGCUGAAACAACUUCUUUCCUCCAAUAACAUAUUGAGGCCACAGUACAAGUUUGUGGAGAGUGGACUUUUUCAGAUGUGGGAGGCCAGCAGGACAGUUGUGGAAGCCCUCAAAGACCCAGCUGUUAUCCAAGCCACAUGUCCCUGUAACCCUAAUGGUAGGUGAACUAUCCUUCUUCACUUUGCAGCCUGUAUGAAGAAGAGAGCUGGGUUAUUGUUAUCUGGUAAAUUUAAUGUUCACCUCUUAUAAUCAAAGCCCAGCUUUUGUAUCUGUAUGCAGGGAGGAGGUGAAAUAUGUUCAUUCGCCAUGUCCUGGAUCAAGAUGCACAAAACAAACCAUCCUCCAAAAACAUAGGAGGCCUUCUGACAUCUCCCCGCUAUAUGUGGCAAAUGAGUGAUUAUAUCUGAGCAUUUCCAAUACUUAACAAUUGUAUCUGAAUAUUUUGUUCAGCCCACCUGCUGUUAAAAGCAAAGUUCACUUUUGCUACAGUUUUAACCAUUUUCUUUUUUAGUCUUGGAUGUUUGAACCUCAUUUCUGUUAAUGUUUCCACUCCCCCCCAUUCCACAGCUUUCUUUUCUCUCGUUCUCUACCACCAGAGGUCUGUCCUCUGUCCCUGCAUUGGUCAGUUACCCCUUCUCAGUGCUUUUUUUCUGGGGGUACACACGGAUAUGCAUACCCCCAAACAUUUUGUGAAUCUUUGUGUUUUUGUCCAUUUACUGUAUUUAUUUUUCCUGAUUUGAACUAUAAAAAGGUGAUUUUCUUGAGUUAAAAUGAGAGUAACCCUAAACAUAUUUUUUUUUAAGAACUGCCCCUUAUAAUUUUUCACUCCAGCCCAGAAAUGGAGUCUCAGAUGCAGGUGCACCAUCCAUUAUAGCUGGCUGCCAUCAGCUUGGAAAAAGUGGCACCAGCAUCACAUGCCUACCUCUGAGACUCAAAUCACACAUGCAGCAGAAUGAGAUAGGAGAGUGGGCUGGAAGUGAGAGAGAUUAUUUUGGUUCAUGCUUCCCCCAUUAUUAUUUUUUUAAAGCUUCCAAUAAAUAAAGAAGUAGCAUAUUUGCAAAAGGCAACUGAGCUCCUUGCAGCGCUAGUUUUCUAUGUACAAGGACUUGUUUCAACAGAAGAUUUUAAAAAUGUGAUUCAUCCACCUGUAAUCCUGAAGUAGUAGCUGCCUCAGAAGUCAACCAUUUUAUUCUUGACUCAUUUAGCUGCCUGUCAGGUCAGAGUCUACAUCCAUGGACAGGAGGAGAGAUGCAGGUAUUCUCUCAGCCCAAUUCCCAUUCAUGAUCUUGCUUGUGCAGGUCUUAUAUGUUUUACCCAAAAAGGUGCGGGAAAGGGCCUCAGACAAUGGCAAUCCCUCACCGGUGAGAAGGGUCACAAAUUGACAGGAAAGUUUGGCUUAAGGGCUGCCUAAAAGUAUGGUGAACUAAACGCUUUGUAUGUCUAAUAUAACAUUUGUGUUAUCUUACAGCGGAAAUUGUUGUCAAUACAAAGUGGAUGGCAGCAGUUUUCUAUGCAGCUCUAAAUAGCUACACAUGGCAGCGUGUAACCUACAUGAGAGCCCUGCUCUUCCUCAAUGAAGCGUGUUUUCCUGCAAAAGCUAGUACCACCUCAUUAGAUAAUAGAUCGGAAUUGCCAGAGCUAGUUUGUGAAAACUUCAUCAACCAAGCCUUCGCUUCCACCCUGCAAUGUAAUAAGUAAGUAUGACAAACUGGAAAUAGUAUUUACUCUUGACCUAUUGAGCAUUUUAAAAAGUGGAUGGAGCUUCAUCUGUGCAUGAUACUGAAUUAGAAACAUGCUUUCCAAGUAAAAGAACCCUAUGUUCUUCAAUCCUGAUGACCCAACCCCCCCAUUUUCUUGUUCUCCAAACCCUACUCAGUUUAAACUUCCAGAAGACAUAGAGUUUAUACAACUGGUUAGUUUAACAUCUGGGGUUAGUGUCUGCUUGAGACAGGGUUAAACCUAAAGUUAGGCAGUUGCGUGGAAGUUGUUGGAAAUAUUUCCACGUGGUAGUGAGUUCCUAACAUUGAAAAGUCACGCAUCCUGUGUAUAGUCCUGAUUGUGUGUGGGGUUGCUAUACCAUUGCCAUGGUCACUAAGUAUAUUCAGCACUGGCAUGGAACUCUGGUGUGCAAGAAUGGAUGCUACCUUUCCCCAUGCUUCAGUUCUGCUGAAAAUCCCCAUCCAGACUGUUAUUGGCUUAAAGAGGUAAGCAUCUACUGACUGUUAUUGCUAAAAGGGAAGAAACAUUAAGGUGACAUUCAAUUAAAUACUUGUACUAGCGCAAUAGGAUUUCCUUUACUCUCUCUGCACAUGGCCCAUGCAUCUGCUCGUGAGGGUUGGGAAAACCUCCAGCACAGAUUUAGGGGAUGCAUGGAGAAAGUGGGUGGGUAUGUUUUGUUGCACAGGGAGAAAUCCUUGCAUUGAUGGAAAGUUCACCUUAGCACUAUGUUGAAUACAACCCAUCAAAUGCAUUUAAUGCCAUCUCUGUUGUGGGUUAAACCACAGAGCCUAGGACUUGCCGAUCAGAAGAUCGGCGGUUCGAAUCCCUGUGACGGGGUGAGCUCCCGUUGCUCGGUCCCUGCUCCUGCCAACCUAGCAGUUCGAAAGCACGUCAAAGUGCAAGUAGAUAAAUAGGUACCGCUCUGGCGGGAAGGUAAACGGCGUUUCCGUGCGCUGCUCUGGUUCACCAGAAGUGGCUUAGUCAUGCUGGCCACAUGACCCGGAAGCUGUACGCCGGCUCCCUCGGCCAAUAAAGCGAGAUGAGCGCCGCAACCCCAGAGUCGACCACGACUUGACCUAAUGGUCAGGGGUCCCUUUACCUUUACUGUUGUGGACUGACCAAGAGAAGGCAGCUUCCAAGCUGUGCAGUACAUUCUGUUCUUUGUUUUUUUGUCUUGUUUUCUCUUAGCAGCCCUUGCAUAGAAAGAAAAAGUGGUUAGCAAGUUAAAUAUUAAAUCUUCCCAUUUUUAUCUGCAAGACCUCUAUUAACAACAAAAUUAUAAGGAUAGAAUGGUGGCAUUUAUAUGUGCGGAAGCUGCCCCAGAUUGUUUGACCUUUUAUAAAAUAUUAUUCUCUUUUUCUCUCCUAGAAAAGACUGUGUGAGAUUCUCUGUUUAGAGUUUAAACAUAACACAUUACUUUACUUGGUAUGCUAAAACACAUUUACAUGAAUAUACAAGACUGGCUAAAUAUGUAGAGACUUAUAUUCCAAGGCACAUAGCAGCAUAAAACAACAACUGCUGCUCUCAUUGUGAAACUCACUCUCACUCUACAGCUGAUAACAGACCUAACUGAAAAAACCGCCCACUGUGGUGACAUCAUAGAAUUCUAUACUACAUUAAUUCUUUCUAUAGCAUUUUGGAUGCACCACUCCCUUUGGUUUCAAAUAUGUGUUCAGUAACAACAACAAACAACAACAACUUAUUUAUACCCCGCCCGUCUGGCCGGGCCUCCCCAGCCACUCUGGGCAGCUUCCAACAAAACACUAAAAUACAAUAACCUAUUAAACAUUAAAAGCUUCCCUAAACAGGGCUGCCUUCAGAUGUCUUCUAAAAGUUUGGUAGUAGUGACCUAUAUAUAAAUGUUUUCUGUUCCCCUAGUACUUUCCCCUGGUUUGACCUGACAGCUGUACAGCAAAGGGACUCACCUUUUAGCCAGUUUCUUGAAUCAACUACAUCUUUCCAGAAAGUUGCUUUAUUAUAUCGUAACUUGAUUGCUGUAUUAUCCACAAACACUGAAGACUCCAUGAGCGCUGUCUCUAAGAAGACAUCUCUUUCAGCUGUGCUAUUGAACCCCACCAAGACUUUGAUUCAUGGCCUAGAUGGGACUUUCAUAAGCAAAGUAGAAGAGGGAUCAAGUUCUGAUUCUGAAGAGACAUAAAAUAACUAUGGUGUGACUCCAAUUAAGAAGAAGUAGGAAAGGUAUUGCUUUUAAUAUCAGUACUAAAAACUAUGUAAGUAUUAAGUAACUACUACCCUUUCUAACCACAUACAUUUCAGGAAUCCAAAUAGUGAUUUGUAAUGAAAAAAUAUAUCAGUUGGGGGGGUGAUAUUUAGCAAUGGAAAGUUUGUAACAGAGGCUAAGCAGGGAAGAAUUACUACAAACUGAAUCUCAGAAAUGACAUGUUUUUAAAAUGUUUAGAUCCUAUCAUACUAAUCUAUGCUAUGGUAUGGUACAAUAAAGUGAAAAGAAACACUAAUACAAUUAUUAGCCAUUUGUUCUUUUACCUCUCAUGUAGCUAAACCUGUACUCCUUCAUCUGCCACUGUUUUUCUCUACACCUCAUAGCUGAACGCAAGUGAUUUAAAUAAAUAACAUAUGCAAUGUUGCAAUACAAUGGUGAUGAACAGCUGCCUCAGUUCAGGAUAAAUGGAAAACAGGAACAUCACUUCUUAGCUGAAGCUAAGCAUGAUCACUUGAAAUGAUAUUCAACGAAAAACUGUGGAACACAACUUCUAAGCAAUCCAAUGAACACAGUCUCCAUUGCUUCAUGAAUAAAAUUUUGUGUGAACGCGGCCUAUGAAGCAAAAUCCAUAUUUUAUGAACUCAAGGAUGAAUACAAAAAUCUGUGGC